AUGCAGAUGCCUGAACGAUUCAGGACCAAGCGUCUCGGCAAUGCUCUGCUGAGGCGUCUGGUGCGUAUCGGUGUCCUGGACGAAAGCAAAAUGAAGUUGGAUUACAUCCUGGGCCUGAAGAUCGAGGACUUCCUGGAGCGGAGACUGCAGACCCAGGUCUUCAAGCUGGGAUUGGCCAAAUCCAUCCAUCACGCCCGCGUGCUCAUUCGGCAACGCCACAUCAGGGUGCGUAAGCAGGUGGUGAACAUCCCCUCCUACAUCGUGCGUCUGGACUCGCAGAAACACAUCGACUUCUCUCUGCGCUCCCCGUACGGCGGAGGUCGGCCCGGACGCGUUAAACGCAAGAACGCCAAGAAGGGGCAGGGGGGAGCUGGGACCGUCGAUGAUGAGGAGGAGGACUGAGCGAGAGAGAGAGAGAGAGAGAGAGGCGAGUGAGUGUGUGUCUGACACAGCCCUGGACACCGGAAUAAAGUCUGUUCUUAAAUA